AUGACAAGUACUGGUAUCGAAUUUAAUGACGGUAGACGUUUUUCAAGAUUGGAUUUAUUUUCCAAUAAUUUAAAAUUAGAUAUUAGAGCUCAUCAACGGACUUAUGAAGGAGCCUAUACCAGAACCGCAAUUGGAUGUUUAUCAUUUUCAAUUUUAAUUAUUAAAUUGUUUUCUAAAGAAUUUUUACCUAUUGGUACAAUAUAUACCAUAUAUGGAUGUUUGGUAUAUUUUAUUGGUGUUUAUAAAUCUUCAAGAGUUGAUUUUUAUUAUAGUCCUGAUAAACAUAUGGAAAUGUAUCAAACUGGAGGUGAUUAUGUACUUUUACUUACAAUAAUCAGUUUAUGCAGUUAUAUUACUUUGCUUGUGUUGAUAUUAAAAAUGUGA